AUGCCUUCAGACGAGUGGCCAGCAGCUGAGGAUGAAGGCCAGCUGUCCCGUCUCCUCAGGAAAUCGAGAGACUCCCCGUUCGUCCCUGUGGGGGUGGCAGGUUUUGUGGCUGUGCUGUCCUACGGUCUCUACAAGUUGAAGUCCAGAAGAGAUGAGAAGCUGUCCCUUCGUCUCAUCCACGUGCGGGUCGCUGCCCAGGGCUGCGCUGUGGGAGCCGUGACCCUAGGUGUUCUCUAUUCUAUGUAUAAGGACUACAUCAGACCUCGCUUCUUCAAUGUACCCAAAAAAUAA